AAAUUUACUUUAGUACGAGUGCACGCUGGAAGUGGUAGGCGGCGUUGGUGCGGUGUUAGUGCAGACAUGGAAAACGAAAUAAAAUAUUUUUCUUUGGAAGAAGUGGCAAAAAACGAUGGAAAAAACGGAAACAAGACGUGGAUUAUCGUCAAGGAUAAUGUGUACGAUGUGACUGAUUAUGUAGACGAUCACCCCGGCGGCGGCGAGCUCGUCCUAGAAUGGGCGGGCAAAGAGAGCACUAAAGCCUUCGACGACGCCGGCCAUUCCGGUGACGCGAAAAAGGAGCUGAAACAGUACAAAAUCGGCGAACUCCGAGAGGAAGACCGGAAACAGAAACAGAAAAAGAAGGAGACCGACAAGGCGAAGGAGGACAGAAGGAGUUUCUGCAGCUAUCUGACUUGUGGACUGUGCUGAUGGAACGUCUGGUACAUUUUAAUCAAAUCUGUGAUAAAAUGUUUGCUGUUUUUACUUAAGUGUUAAUAAAUAUUUUACUAAGAAAUAA